GUAAAACAUGAACUUAUGCAUGAUACAUCUACUCAGCUUAUUUUUUUUCAUAACGCCAACUACAUAUAUGUACCUAAAACUACAGUACCUAUAUCCCAACUGUAUUGUACAACCAAUGUGGUUAUGAGACUAUGCAAGGCACUGCUCUGCCGUAGUGCUAGGCCCGGCCAAUACGGAACAUCUGCCAUAUGUUCUAGUCUGGCGUAUUCCACUACCACCACUGACACUCCGGAUGCACCUCGAAAACGUGGUCGUCCUCGAAAAAAACCCAUAGAAGCUAUUCCCGAACCACAACCACUAGCUAGCAACAGAGACGAUGCCUUUACGAUCAACCCAGAUAAGAAGACGGUUACGACCGCGGUAGGCGACCUGGCGCUCUCGCCCAUCAUGGAUCCCAUGUUUUGGGAGGCUAAGCAACGGCACCAGAUCCCGAAAGCGAAGCCCUCCAAGCCCAAAAAUUCCGUCGGUCGCCAACUCCGCGCCAAUGCAUACGCCAGAGCUCUUGCGACACCCGUGCGCAUGUGCGUCAUAACCCGCGCCCGCAUGCCCAGCUUCUUCCUCCAGGACUUCAACCUCGUUGCCAACCCCGAGACCGGCGCUCCUUGGCUGCUUCCCCAAAGCAUCAUGCCCGAUGAGCCAGAGCCCCCCAACACGAAGGGGAUAUCCGAGGCCCUAGACGAAGCUGGCGCAGAAGAAGAAGAAGAAGAAAGAGCAAUAGCAGCAGCAGCAGCAGGCGAGGAAGUUGUAGAAGACGAGGCCAAGUUGGAGCUAGCAAGUAGCAGCAGCGCACAGGAGCUGACAACAACAACACCCGCUUCUACUACUACCGCCACCGCUACCUCACCCAACCUCAACGAAUCGCAAACCCCCCAAGGUCGCUCCGUGUACGUGCUAGCACGACAAGAUCUCCUCUCGGGCUUUGGGCUCAAGGGCUCGCCCUUCGAGAAGAGCCCGAUCCGCCUCGCGGGCGCAGACCCGGCCAAGCGGCACAUAAUGGGCAAGGUCGUGUGGCGCCAGGACAUGGACCGGUACAUCGUGAACGCGAUGCGGCAGAACAUCGUCGACGGCCUGCUGUACCUCAACAAGCUGUGCGCCACCAUGGGGCGGCACUACUUGGUCCGGUGCUGGGGCUGGGACGACGUCAAGUACAAGCACAGCGGCUCCAUACUAUGGUUCCGGCCAUCAUCACUUUCGGGUGAGGGUGAGGAGUCGAGUGCGAAUGCGAACCCCGACGCAGCAGAACCCGGCCCGUUCGCGACCUUCGACGUCCAAAAAACGGACAUCCAAGGCGAGAUCGCGACGACAACUUUGGCCGUGUACAACAUGGACCUGCUGCUGGGGCCGGAGUACAUGAAGCAGUUCAGAGACAACGCCACCGCUAUGUCAGAGGGCAACAUAUUUAUGCUCGCCGGGCGGCGGACGGUGGAUCUGCAAGCGAAGCUUUGGAAGUUGCAAGGCUACCUAGACAAAUACCCCUAACUAACUUAUACUUACAUGCGUGCACAUAUCUGUAGCUCCAAAGAAGAUAUUUGGUAUCAGUUGUUCAUAUACUACCUACCACUUCCUACUUAUGUAGUAGUUAAUCCCCCCUUCCUUCUGUGUAUUGACGUGGCAUUCUCAUAGAUCCUCCAAGUACCCGUGAUAGAAGGCAACUUUCUUAAGCUCUCGCAUAGGUACAUGCCCGCUUAGUACCUAUUCGUGUUUCCAAGUUACAUUAAAAUCACAU